AAACCCCAAAUCAAAACCUCUGCUAUAUCUCUUCAAUCUGAUAUAUCUGCCCUUCUCAAUGGCUUUUAAUUACCGCUUUGCCAUCUUCCUCACUCUCUUUUUCGCCACUGCCGGCUUUUCCGCCGCCGCGUUGGUCGAGGAGCAGCCGCUUGUUCUCAAAUACCACAACGGAGUUCUCUUGAAAGGUAACAUCACCGUUAAUCUCGUCUGGUACGGGAAAUUCACACCGAUCCAACGGUCCGUAAUCGUCGACUUCAUCCGCUCGCUCAACUCCAAAGACGUUGCAUCCUCCGCCGCAGUUCCUUCCGUCGCGUCGUGGUGGAAGACGACGGAGAAAUACAAAGGCGGAUCCUCAACCCUCGUCGUCGGGAAACAACUUCUCCUCGAGAACUAUCCUCUCGGAAAAUCUCUAAAAAAUCCUCACCUCCGUGUUUUAUCCACAAAACUUAACGGCGGUCUCCGUUCCAUAACUGUCGUUCUAACGGCGAAAGAUGUUACCGUCGAAAAAUUCUGUAUGAGCCGGUGCGGGACUCACGGAUCCUCCAGCUCGAAACCGCGUCGCGCAGCUAACGGCGCGGCUUACGUCUGGGUCGGGAACUCCGAGACGCUGUGCCCUGGAUAUUGCGCCUGGCCGUUUCACCAACCGAUUUACGGACCACAAACGCCGCCAUUAGUCGCGCCUAACGGUGACGUUGGAGUUGACGGAAUGAUUAUAAACCUCGCCACACUUCUCGCCAACACCGUCACGAAUCCGUUUAAUAACGGGUAUUACCAAGGCCCACCAACUGCACCGCUUGAAGCUGUCUCCGCUUGUCCUGGCAUAUUCGGUUCGGGUUCGUACCCGGGUUACGCGGGUCGGGUACUUGUUGACAAAACAACCGGGUCUAGUUACAACGCUCGUGGACUCGCCGGUAGGAAAUAUCUAUUGCCGGCGAUGUGGGAUCCGCAGAGUUUGACGUGUAAGACUCUUGUUUGAUCUAAGGGAUGUGAGUAAGACACGUGGCUUAGUAGUGAGAGCGAUGGCGAGAUCUAGAUGGCAUCUGUAGUCAAAAUCAAGUUGCACGCGAGCG